AUGGAUAUGCCCAUAGCAGUAAAGGCGCAGAGUCCCUGGCGCCCAUGCCUCGUCGGCCUGCUGCUGCAGCUCCUCUUUGCUCUGGGUUUCUUCUCCUACACCCGAGUGUCCUAUGACCGACCUGGACCCCCAGCUCCUGGUCGUUCCCCAGGACCAGCCUCCACCCCGACUCCUCCUGCCCCCAGACCCCUCCUCAUCUUACUGUGGACAUGGCCCUUCCAUACACCAGUGGCUCUGUCGCCCUGUUCCAAGAUUCUCCCAGGCACCGUCGACUGCCAGCUGACCGCCAACAGGAGCUUGUACCCCCAAGCAGACGCGGUCAUCGUCCACCACCGCGAAGUCAGCGCCAACCCCGGGUCACAGCUGCCACCUCAGCCGAGACCACCAGGCCAGCGCUGGGUGUGGUUCAGCUUGGAGUCACCCAGCCAGUGCAGCCAUCUGUCAGCCCUGGAUGGUUACUUCAACCUCACCAUGUCCUAUCACAGUGACUCUGACAUCUUCACGCCCUAUGGCUGGCUGGAGCCGUGGCCAGAGCCUCCAGGCCAAAUCCAGGUCAACCUGUCUGCCAAGACUGACCUAGUGGCCUGGGCUGUGUCCAACUGGAACUCCAAGUCGGCCCGGGUGCAGUACUAUGAGAACCUUAAGAGUCACCUCCGUGUUGAUGUGUAUGGCCGAGGGCAUAAACCGCUUCCCCAAGGCAACAUGACAGAGACUCUGGCCAGAUACAAAUUUUACCUGGCAUUCAAAAACUCCCUCCAUCCAGAUUACAUCACAGAGAAGCUGUGGAGGAAUGCUCUGGAAGCCUGGGCCGUGCCUGUGGUCCUGGCCUUCUUCAAGGCGUACAGGCAGCUGCAAUGGGACCAGAGGUACCAGACGGUCCCCAGUGUGGUGGCUGGCCAGAGUCCUGCAGUUGGUGUCCCACCCAAAAGUCAGCAACUGUGGCCCCUGGGUGACAGGCACCUUGUGCUGGCUAGUUUAUUUCAACUUGAUAGAAGCUAG